UUUCACCAUCAAAAAUCAAUCUGCUCUCAUCACCCAACCAACAACUCUUCACUCUCUCACUGCUCGAAUUCACUGCUUUAUUUGAUUUAAUUUCGUUUGAUUGAGAUCUUGCUAGUAAUCCGUUUCGUAUAUCAUCGCCAUCUUGCUCUCUGUUUCUUUGUGUCUUUGUGUCUUUGUGUUUUGUGCUAACAAUGGAUGCAGGUAUGAACACAUCUACGCACUUGAAGGCUCAAGCUCGUUGCCCUCUUCAAGAACACUUCCUUCCCCGUAAAAACUCCAAGGAAAAUCUGGACAGAUUCAUACCAAACAGAUCAGCUAUGGACUUCGAUUACGCUCACUACGCUCUCACGGAAGGAAACAAAGGUAAAGAUCAGGUAAGCUCACCAUCCAGGGAGGCUUACAGGAAGCAACUCGCUGAGACGAUGAACCUGAACCACACCAGGAUCCUCGCCUUCAGGAACAAACCUCAAGCUCCUGUUGACUUGCUUCCCACCGACCACUCUGCUUCUCUUCCCCACCAACCCAAAUCCGUUAAGCCAAGAAGAUACAUUCCUCAGACUUCUGAGAGGACAUUGGACGCGCCUGACAUUGUUGACGACUUCUACCUCAACUUGCUUGACUGGGGAAGUGCUAAUGUCUUGGCCAUUGCUUUGGGACACACUGUUUAUCUCUGGGAUGCUUCCACUGGUUCCACUUCUGAGCUUGUCACUAUUGAUGAGGAGAAAGGACCAGUGACGAGUAUCAACUGGGCGCCUGAUGGUCGUCAUGUUGCUGUUGGACUCAACAACUCCGAAGUCCAGCUGUGGGAUUCUGGAUCCAACCGUCAACUGAGAACAUUGAAGGGUUGCCACCAGUCUAGAGUAGGAUCAUUGGCGUGGAACAACCACAUCCUCACAACGGGAGGGAUGGACGGACAGAUCGUCAACAACGACGUGCGCAUCAGAUCACACGUCGUGGAGACUUAUAGGGGCCACACUCAAGAGGUUUGCGGGCUCAAGUGGUCAGGAUCCGGACAGCAGCUAGCGAGCGGCGGCAACGACAAUGUGGUGCACAUAUGGGACCGUUCUGUGGCCUCCUCGAACUCGACCACGCAGUGGCUUCACAGGCUUGAGGAGCAUACGUCUGCUGUGAAGGCUCUUGCGUGGUGCCCUUUCCAGGCGAAUUUGCUGGCGACCGGCGGCGGUGGGGGAGAUAGGACGAUUAAGUUCUGGAACACUCACACGGGGGCUUGCUUGAACUCGGUGGACACUGGCUCUCAAGUUUGUUCGUUGUUGUGGAGUAAGAAUGAAAGGGAGUUGCUUAGCUCGCACGGGUUUACGCAGAACCAGCUUACGUUGUGGAAGUACCCGUCGAUGGUGAAGAUGGCUGAGCUCACUGGGCAUACGUCAAGAGUUCUAUAUAUGGCCCAGAGUCCAGAUGGUUGUACCGUAGCUUCAGCAGCAGGAGACGAGACUUUGAGGUUCUGGAAUGUUUUCGGAGUACCAGAGACGGCCAAAAAAGCAGCUCCAAAAGCAGUCCACGAGCCAUUUUCUCAUGUGAACCGUAUUCGUUGAAGAAACUGUGAAGGAAGAAGAAGACUUAACAACAACAAAGAAAGUCGACCUGGUUUUGAUUGACAUGAUAUUUUCAUUUUCAUUUUUUGGGAUUCAUUCUUCAUGAACUGUCUGGACAAAGUGCAUAUAUAAUAUUUGAUUGUAUAGUUUUUAAACAG